CAGAACUUUCAACACGUUACAUAUGUCCCAUGUAUGUAGACAUUUAGGCUUGCUGUUAUGAUGGGAAAACAAGUGAUUUCAUUCCUUCUGGUUAUAGUGCUUCACUCUGCAUUAAGGAUAACUCACGUGAAAGGUCAGUUGUGGCUACAAGGUUCCUCUGCUGUCAGGAAUGAGACCUUUCAGUUGUUAUGUGUCGUCGAAGGUAGUUACUCCUUACAAGGUAGAAUGUCGUUCCGAAAAGCAAACGGAAUGAGAUUUUACAAUGUGUGUAAUGUCAAUGCUAGUACCUGCAGAGAAAUCAGCACUCUACUUCCUCGGUACACCUGUGGGUGUAUGAGUGGACAAACGCAGGGGUUUUACAUGAAUAUCACAUCAGCCAUUACACAGGAUGAGGGUACCUGGAUGUGUCAGUGCUGCGGUACAUACAGUAACUCCAUAAGCCUGGAUGUUUUAUAUGGGCCAGGUAUUACCUCUGUCCCCACAAACACACAAGUAAUAGAGAACGCCAGUCCUGAUAUAGACUGCAGCAGUAACAUCACAUCCGGCAACUCCCCAAGAACGACAAGCUAUAGGUGGACAGGUCCAGGAGGGUACAGCAAGGAUGGGGCUGUACUAGACAGGCUUGUCAACAGGAACCAGGGAGGGAUGUACACCUGUACUGCCACCAACACUGCAGGACUGUCAGACACAGCUCAGGUCAAUGUGACGGUUCAGUACGCCCCAGCAAUUACCAGCGUACCUACCAACCAGAACGUGACAGAGAACGCUAGACCUGACAUAGACUGCAGCAGUAACAUCACAUCCGGCAACCCUUCAACAACGACAAGCUACAGGUGGACAGGUCCAGGAGGGUACAGCAAGGAUGGGGCUGUACUGGACAGGCUUGUCAACAGGAACCAGGGAGGGAUGUACACCUGUACUGCCACCAACACAGCAGGACUGUCAGACACAGCCCCGGUCAACAUCAAUGUGCAGUAUGGGCCAAGUAUUACCUCUGUUCCGACAAAGAAACAAGUGAUAGAGAACUCCAGUCCUGAUAUAGACUGCAGCAGUAACAUCACAUCCGGCAACCCCCCAACAACACGCUACAGGCGGACAGGUCCAGGAGGGUACAGCGAGGAUGGGGCUGUACUAGACAGGCUCGUCAACAGGAACCAGGGAGGGAUGUACACCUGUACUGCCACCAACAAUGCAGGACUGUCGGAUAUGGCCAAGGUCGACAUCGAUGUACAGUAUCGUCCACAACGAGAUAUGCAGAAGGAUUUUUGUCCAACAAUAAUUCGACAAAUCAACGACACAGCUGCCAUGAUGGCUACAGCUGCAUCCAACCCGUUGCCACAUUUCACCUGGUGGAGAUAUGAUAGCGGGCACCUGGAGAAUAUAGACGAUGCUACUGACUACACUGUAUUCAGCUCAGACUUACAGACAGUCCUUAUUGUCAGGAUUGUACACUCCAAGGACUACGGGACAUAUGCACUGUGGAUGAAUAACUCUUUUGGGGAAAGUAUACUGCUUUACAGACUUUCACCAGCAAGCAGUGCUACUGGUCAGUCACAACCAGAUCGACUUGGACGAGGGAUUGGAAUUGGAGUUGGAGUUUUGCUGCCUGUGGUACUUGUCUUAGUUGUUAUCAUUGUAUUGAUGUGGCGACGAAACCAUGAACACAUUGAAACGGUUAACAAAGAUCAAACAGAAACCAUCGAAAUAGAGUCACAAGGACACAGCACACCAAACCAAGAUGGAGCCUAUGCAAGCCUUGAUGAGCAUGCCCCUCAGAAUAACGAAUAUGAGAAAUUGGACAUGGCAAACAGCGAUAAAGAGCCGGUUGGUAUGGUUAAAAAGGAAUCCGUCUACCAAAAUCAAGGGGCCGGUGGAGUUUGCGAAGAUUAUGAAGGUGGAAAAGAGACAGCGGAACAAGAAUGACUACCAAGUUCCCAGCUUAUCAUGUCAAACAAUCAGGUCGUGACUGCGUUUCAAGCUACAUAAGUGCUAAUGAGGGUGCGUCUUUCCAGUACUAAGCUACAUAUGCAACGACCCGGUUGUGACUAACCAGUUCCAAUAUACAUAUGUAGCAAUCAGUGUCUGAAAACCAAGUUCCUAGCUACAUAAGUAACAAUGGGAGCGUGACUACCAAGUUUCAAGUUUCAUAUGUGACGAUCAGGGGGAUGACUACCAAGUUCAAGGCCAGUAAAAUGCGGGUUAGGUCUUCAGCAACCAAUGCUUGUCUGAAGAGGCAACUAACUGUGUCGGUUGGUCAGACUCGCUGAUUUGGUUGAUGCAUGUCAUCGUAUCCCAAUUGUGUGGAUCGACGCUCAUGGUGCCAAUGACUGGAUGGUCUUGUUCAGACUCAAUUAUUUACCGCCAUCAUAUAGCUGGAAUAUUGCUGAGUGCUGCGUUAUACAACAGACAAACAAAUAAACCAAGUUUCAAGCCACAUAUGUAACGAUCCGGGUGUGAGAUGGAAGUAGAUUAAUCUUCGUCAAUCUGGGACCUGUUAAUCAGGAACAACGUCUGUAUAUAAUUAGUCGUUACCCAUAGUUCGUUAACCAAGUAAUCUGGACAUUUGUAAAUCCGGACAAUUUCAGUGGAACCGGUACCGUCCGGAUUAAUAAGUCUGAGUGUACACAUUGUCACAUGUAUAUUCUGUAAUCUGUGACUGCCUCCGCGGAUAGUAUGUAUCUUUCCAUUGUAUAUAGUUAUUGUUUCUAUUAUUUAACAGUACCUCAUAUAUUUCCACAGUAUAUAUUGUUCCUAUAUUCUAACAGUACUUUGUAUCUUUCCAGUGUGUAUAUUGUUUCUAUUAUC